UAUAUGAAGACAACACUUUAAUUAAAUUCAUUGUGUUAAAAGAAGAGAAAAGAAUCGUGUGUGAAUCAGAAGUGAUUUGUGUGUGAAUCCUGAGUAAGUUGUUUUCACUAAAAAACUAGAAUCCAGGAGCAGGAGCUGGACCUGAUCCGAGUCCUUCUCUAAAUCUAACCUCAUAACCCAUGAGAUCCUCUACACCAUGGAGCAGUAUACCCGAGUCACUCUGGACUUGUGGUCCGACUCUCCAUGGUGGUCUCCUUACAUAAGCUGUUUUUUUUUACGUGUCUCCUCUUGCUCUCUCCAUGCUGCAGGUGCGAGAUCUGCGGCUUCACCUGUCGUCAGAAGGCGUCUCUGAACUGGCACAUGAAGAAGCACGACGCCGACGCCUCCUACCAGUUCUCCUGCGCCAUCUGCGGCAAGAAGUUUGAGAAGAAGGACAGCGUGGUGGCUCACAAGGCCAAGAGCCACCCUGAAGUCCUUAUCGCAGAGGCUCUCGCUGCAAACGCGGGCGCCCUCGUCACCACGGCGACGCCGACCACCACUCACGUGACCCCGGUGGGCGUCGGCCCCGUCAUGCUGCUGGAGCAGGAGCAGCCGCUGCACACCAUGCAGGUGCCUGUCACUCUCGCGCUGCCCUCUACAGAUGAGGCUAAGAAUGAAGCAGAAGGGGGCGGAGUCUCUGCGGCACACCCGACCUCUUCUAAUCAGACGCUGCAUUUUGUUUCCGCCCCCGUGUCCCAGCAACAGCUGUCCGUACAGGCUUCUCCACAGAUCGUUCACAUGACCUUUACCACCCUUUCGCACCCUCCUCAGCAGCUCCCCCUGCUGUCUGUCACACAUCAGCUGCCCCCGAGCACAAGCUCCGCCCCUUCUGUAUCACUCCUCCCACAGAUCACUUCUGUGGCUUUCACUGCCGAUCCCGCACCGGUGUCCUCCGCCUGCACAACACCCCCGCCUCCUCCUCCUCCUCCUCCUCCGGCUGAGCGGAAAGAGGGUGGGGCACUCUGGGAGGGUGGGACCGGGAAUGUGGGCGGGGUUUGGGAAGCGGGCGGAGCCGGCGAGGCGCAGGUUGUGACGGACGGCUCGGACGGGACGAUCCAACACAGACUGAUGUAGGGAAGAAAGAUUUUCAGGUGGGAAUGAAUUCCGGAGGAAAGACGAGGACUCGUGUCGGAAUUACACGGCAGACAUUCUGUUCAUCUUCUCAGACAUGGAAACUAGCCGUUUCUAUGGCAACCUACAGAACAGACAAGUGGAUGCACUGAAUGUAGGAUAGCUAGCAAUUAGCUAAAUGUUAUAACAUGAGUUAGUUUUUUUUUUUAAGGUAGAAAGAUAAAUGCUACUGGCUAAAAAAUGUAAACUACCCAAAAUGAUUAACCUUCAUCCGCAGGGAAUGCCGGGAACGUGAUCCUCACUGCCUUUACCCGGUGUGACGUGGAAUUCUGAGUGUCUGAGACGUGACACUGUGUGUUGCUGUAAUUCUGAAGGCGCUCCUCCUCAGUGAACCUCCUCAGAAUGGAAACUCUACAGGACUUGAAAUCGAUCGUGUAUUCAAAAUCAAUUUUGAUAGGUUUAUAGAUGUGUGUGUGUGUUUAAAUGUAAAUGUAUUCGUUAUUUUAAUCUCCCUGAAAUGCUUUGACUCCUUAAUUCAGUGUCUGAAUCAAACGAAACUGAAGAACAAGCUGUUUAAUCCGGCUGUGAGAAAAAUGUGUGUUUGGUAUCUUUUCCCAGCUAUA